AAUAUAGAAAGUAGACAGCGGUUGACAACGUUGGAUACCGAAGAUUUUCUAAGUCUACAUGAAAAUGUCUUCAACAGUGUUGUACACUCUGUUGACCAUACAUUUCUUUGUGUGCUAUGGUUUAAAAAUAGACAUGAAGAGAGAAUUAUUUUACCAGGGCAGGGAACUGUUUUGUGCACAACUCCAGUGUACAGAAAACAUAAGAGAAGACACUCAGAUAUCAGCUCUGGUCAACAUGUCAGUCUAUGUGAUCAACGAACCAGGGGACAAGUUAAUGUUGGCGUCUGUUUCAGGAUCAGAUUCAAAGGCUCGAGAUUACAAAGUGCCUUGGGUUUUUGUGGACGGGAAUAUAUCCCACCAUGGCGGAGAGCUGCAGUUGUUUUUGUCCAAUGAUUCCGCUUGCCACGAUAAGACAUUUAAAUGUGAAAUAUACUUCACGUAUAAGACAGGAGAGAUUGGGUUCGUAGAAGAAGAAACUGCACCAUUACCAAAAGAGAACAUGCGGAAAUCAGAUUUGAUGAUGAAUUUAAAAGCUAAAACGGUAAACUAUGUUAAAACUGUCGACACUAUGGCCGCUUUUCUGAAAUCCUUUGAAGAUCCAGAUAAACUUAAGGGAGCUGACAUGUCAAUGUCAUUACAGAUGUCACAUUCAGGUAGCGAUGAGCAUAAAAAUGACAUUAUCAGCCUUCCUUCCAACAAUAGAAUCACGAAUAAUCAUAAACAAAAUGAAUCUUCUAAUCUAAUAGACAUCAUCCUAUCAAAUUUAAACAAGUUGACACAUGAUUUUAGAGACAAAAUGAACUUUAUCAAUGAACGAUUAAGUGGUUUAGAAGAGGAACUUAACAAAACCGUUCCUGAAAGAAAUAAAACCAAAAACUUAUCUAUUACCCCAAAGGAUACCAUAGAAGAAAAAAAUAAAUCUUCAGUAUGGGCAAUAGAACAGUGUACACAAAAUUUCAAUUCACAAUGGUUAAGCCGUCAGAUUGUGCAAUUGGACGUAUCAAAAUUGACGUUGUGUGAUACUAAAACUGACUACGGCGGAUGGAUUUUAAUACAGCGCCGUGUUUUAGGCGAUGUAAACUUCAUCAGAGGAUGGGACGACUACAAACAUGGGUUUGGAUCAACGGCAGGAGAUUUUUGGCUUGGUAAUGACUGGAUCUCCUGGCUUACUAGGAUAGGUUACACUGAGUUGAGGGUUGAUUUAAUCAUUGGAAAUACAAGACAAUAUGCAGAGUACAGUAAUUUUUUUGUUGACGUCGAAGCGGCAAAGUACAGGAUGAGCUUAUCAUCAUUUAGGGGAAACGCUACGGACCGUUUAAGUUACCACAUUGGUAGGAUGUUCACCACUAUAGACAGCGAUAACGAUGAAAACAGUGGCAACUGUGCUCAGUUAUGCAAGGGUGGGUGGUGGUAUAACAAUUGUCAUCAUUCCAAUCUAAAUGGAGUCUGGAAUGUGUCUGGAAAUACGGGACUUACUUGGAAUUCAGACGUCAAGUCUGUUGAGAUGAAACUACGCAAAAAAUAAUUAUUGAAACAUCUGUAGUAUUAUGGUGUAAAUGAGUUGUCUAAAAAAUCUAAACUAUGCAAAAUGUUAGAUAUUCAAUUGUCAAGAGUGACGCUUUAUACUAUUGACUAUGGGACGAUGUGGUUGAACAGCAUAGCGCACGAAAUUAAUCCAAGAGUUUCGAGUUCGAAUUCCGGCUAAAGUCCUUAGACCAUCACUAAGUCUGCGCAGCUUUAAUGGGUACCUAGCUGACGUUAAGAAAAAUAAAGGUGCUGACUACGCUACCCCUUCAUAUGCCCAGGUGACAGAAAUAGGUGAAUUCUACAACAACUGCGACAUGGACCUUCAUUACUGAUAGGGGUAACGUUAAUUACGUUAAUUACACACUUAAAUUAAAUUAGGCACAUUAAAUGUAAAUAAAAUGUCGUGAACAUAAUCAAACCUUAAGGCAUGCAUUCGAAUUUCUUUUUUUCAUAAUUAAUAUAAUAACUUCAUUUUUACAUAACAACGAAUAGUUAAAACAGUUACAAUUUGUUACUUUAUUCACAUAAUUAUGCUUAUUAU